CUAACCAGGAAAUGCAUCACGGAAGUUAGCUAACUGACAGAUCAACGCCUUUCGCUAAAAUAGCCAUGUUAUUGCAAUUUCUUCAAGCAAAGUGACGUCCAGAAUUCAUUGGAAUAUAUAAUGCACAAAAAUGUACAUAUAGACAAUACAUUUGACAUGUUAAAGAGAUGAGGAAACGUAUACUGACUGGUCAACGAUAGCUAGCUAUGGUUAGCCUAGCACCUAAAAACAGCUGUCACUGCACAAGGUCCCGUCCGCAAGCCAUGCUAACGUUACAGCAUGAGCAGUUCAUCAGCCGACGUUAAUCUUCCUUAGGUAAAUUAUCUUUCGGUUUCGCGUGUGGCAGAGAACGAUAGCGUCUCUACAGAGUCUGCCUGGCACAUUGCGUAUUUGACGCGGGACUACUGUAUCUAGACGGAACCGGCAGCAUGUUUCAGAAGACUUCUUUCACGACGCUCAUAAUCGGGGUGUUCGUGGUGUAUGUCUUGCACACUUGCUGGGUGAUGUAUGGCAUCGUUUACACCAAGCCUUGUGAGAACACGAAAUUCGAAAACUGCAUCAAACCAUAUUUGGCAGGAAAACCACGAUUACAGCUGAGUAUCUAUACCGCCUUGCGACCAAACGCUGAUGGUGGACACACGCUCAUUUACAAGGAGGAAGACUUCGACGUGGAUUCCAAGUUUGAAAGGACAGUAAAUGUGUCCAUCCCGAAGAAGACCCGGAACAACGGGACACUGUAUGCCUUGGCGUUUGUGCACCAGGCCGGGGUAACCCCGUGGCAGGACCAGAAGCAGGUUCACCUGGUAGCCCAGCUUACCACCUACAUGGUCCCCAAACCUGCGGAGGUCAGCCUGAUCUCUGGGGAGGAAACGCCACAGCCGGGGCAGCAGAAACACAGGGCUGAAGGAGGGGACACUGCUGUGGAAAGACCUGUGUCUCACUGGCGCUCCCGUCUCACGCUCAACGUGGUGUCAGAGGAAUUUGUUUUUGACAAGGACUUCCUGCCUAGUGACGUGCACCGCUUCUUGAGAGUAUUUCAGAAUGGGAAAAAGAUGAUAUAUCUUCCCCUGCUGUUCGUGGACGAGCUGAGCAACCGAGUCAAGGACUUGAUUGAGAUCAACAACACCAGAACUGAACUCCCUCUCACCAUCUCCUAUGACACCAUUUCCCUUGGAAAACUUCGCUUCUGGAUUCACAUGCAAGAUGCCGUUUACUCACUUCAGCAGUUUGGCUUUACGGAGAAAGAUGCUGAUGAAAUCAAGGGCAUAUUUGUGGACACCAACCUGUACUUCUUAGCCUUAACCUUCUUUGUAGCUGCAUUCCAUCUUCUCUUUGAUUUCUUGGCCUUCAAAAAUGACAUAAGCUUCUGGAAGCAGAAGAAAAGCAUGAUGGGAAUGUCCAGCAAAGCAGUGCUGUGGAGAUGUUUCAGCACCAUUGUGAUUUUCAUGUACCUGUUUGACGAGCAGACCAGCCUGCUGGUCCUGAUUCCUGCUGGGAUUGGCUCCCUGAUCGAGGUGUGGAAGGUGAAGAAAGCCUUCAAGAUACAGAUUUUCUGGAAAGGUGUCCGACCAACCUUCAUAUUCGGGAAAUCGGACGAAUCAGAGAAGAGGACCGAAGCGUAUGAUACUCUAGCAAUGAAAUACCUGUCGUAUGUCCUCUACCCUCUGUGUAUUGGGGGGGCGGUUUAUGCCUUAGUGUUUUUGAGAUACAAAAGUUGGUACUCCUGGCUCAUCAACAGUUUAGUGAAUGGAGUAUACGCGUUUGGAUUCCUCUUCAUGCUACCUCAGCUAUUUGUUAACUACAAGUUUAAAUCAGUGGCACAUCUACCCUGGAAAGCAUUCAUGUAUAAAGCGUUCAACACCUUCAUCGACGACGUAUUUGCCUUCGUCAUCACCAUGCCUACCUCCCACCGGCUAGCUUGUUUCAGGGAUGACGUGGUCUUCCUCGUCUAUUUGUACCAGAGAUGGUUGUAUCCUGUUGACAAAACCAGAAUGAACGAAUAUGGGCUGUCUUACGACGAAGAGGAAAAACCCAAAGGAAAGGCCCAUAGAGACUAAGACUGACCAUUAUAAAACACAUACCCACCCCAACAUGUUUAGAAUAUGGACCCACACCUCCCUUUGCGCGGAGCGGUGCAUAAUAAAUACAUUGGUGUUAUUUGUCACAAGGAGGUGGUUGGGGUGUUUCAGUCCUCCUAAGCCUUUCACCUCCUGCUAGUCAGAACCAUUCCAGUCAGUGUCGACCCAACCUUGAAGUACCUAACCCGAAUUGAAGACUUGAUUGGGCUUCCUGAAGCUAUGCUACGCCUAGCACCAGGUUGGAUCAAUUAGCUCCAGCUAACACCAGUUAAAGGAGCAUGGACCAACCCAUAAUGUUUACCUUGAUUGGUGAAUAUUUGUACGUUUAUAAUAUGGAACCCAACUUCGUCUGUCCCCCCUGCCUGCCUGCCUGCCCGCCCGUCUGUACUUGUUUAUUGUCCAACCUAAAAAAAAAAACUAAAAUAAUACACACCUGUUCUUUCCUGUUCUGACGGAGUGACCAGGAGACUGAUGUCAACACAUUUUAUAUUCUUGGUCAAAGACUGCAGAAUUCCGGGCUGUGUUUGAUCUUUUGGAAGAACUACUGCUUUUAUGUUUGCAUUUGACCUUGGAUAGUAUUUGAAAUGAGAUGAUGGUGCCAAAUAUGGGUAAAGAUGAUAGAAGUCCUUUGAAUGCAGCAUUGGGAUGUUUCUUUUUAUUAUUAAAGAAUUUGGUUAUGUUGGUUUGUUUUGAAUGGUUUUGGUUCAGGUUCAACAGAUGUGAAAAUGAGACUUUAGAAAAGUGUUAUGAGGAUAUACAGUAUGAGGCAGACAUUCUAGUUCCUUUUUUUCUACAGUUUGUCUGUCCUUUUUUACACGAACAUUAGAUGGGGGAAAAUUAGAUGUUUUUAGUUCAUGAUAAAUGUUAUGGUCUUUGUCUAAUAGAGCAUCACAAAGUGAUAAACUCAAACAUUUCACAGUCUCGCAUGUUGUAUAUUUUUUUAAAUGGUUGGGUAAUGGGUUUUUGCAUAAAGUGCGCUGCUGCUCGUAUAGUGAAGACCAGAGGACUAUUUGGCAUGCAUGAUAUUCAGAAAUUGCAUGUAACUUUGCAAUAAAAAAAUGUUUUUGAUCGGCA